CCCGCCAACCACAGGCAAGCCGGCAAAGGAGGCAACGCGUUGGGAUAUUGCGCCAGCAACACCGCUGCCUCGCCUGCUCCUUCCCGAAGAACGCGCUCCGUUGAUCCCGCAUCCGCCGCGUCGGAACGCGCUCCGUUGAUCCCGCCACCCCGUCCCCGAGAGCGACAUGGCCAACACGAAGGAGAAGAGCGCCGCUUUCCUGCCGCCCUUCAAGCAUUUCGCCACGCAGGCCAUCCAUGUGGGGCAAGAGCCCGAACAAUGGAACUCGCGAGCCCUGGUGCCUCCGAUUACUCUCUCGACCACCUUCAAGCAGCAUGCGCCGGGGCAUCACAGCGGCUUUGAAUAUAGCCGUUGUGGAAAUCCUACUCGCGAUUGCUUGGAAAAGGCUGUGGCAGUGCUGGAUGGUGCCAAGUAUUGUUUAGCAUAUGCUUCUGGGUUAGCAGCUACUUUGAAUAUUGCCCACCUACUGAAGGCAGGGGAUACUGUUAUUUGUUCAGAUGAUGUCUAUGGAGGUACAAACAGGUAUUUCCGGGGGAUAGCAUCAGAGAUGGGCCUGAAAACUCUUUUUGUUGACUGUACCAAACUGGAACGACUUGAGGCUGCAGUCACACCAGAGACCAAGCUUGUCUGGAUUGAAACUCCCACAAAUCCAACAUUGAAAGUUGUUGACAUUGAAGGGUGUGCCAAGAUUGUCCACAAACACAAAGGAGUUAUUUUAGCAGUAGACAAUACCUUUAUGUCUGCAUAUUUCCAGCGUCCUCUGGCUUUAGGAGCAGACAUCUGUAUGUACUCGGCAACUAAAUACAUGAAUGGUCACAGUGAUGUUGUAAUGGGACUGGUUUCACUAAAUGACAAUGAUCUCCAUGAAAGACUCAGAUUCUUGCAAUAUGCCAUUGGAGCAGUUCCAUCUCCUUUUGACUGCUACCUUUGCAAUCGGGGUUUAAAGACACUGCCGAUCCGCAUGAAACAACAUUUCCACAACGCGCUAGCUGUAGCCAAAUACCUUGAAUCAGAUCCGAGAGUUGAAAAGGUCAUUUUCCCUGGAUUGCCGUCACACCCGCAGUUCGAGCUGGUGAAACGUCAGUGCACAGGCUGCCCUGGAAUGCUUUCCUUUUAUAUUAAAGGAAACGUUGAAAAUGCCUCCAAAUUUCUCAAAAGUUUAAAGCUUUUUGCCUUGGCUGAAAGUCUGGGAGGGUAUGAAAGCUUGGCAGAGCAUCCUGGCAUCAUGACUCAUGCCUCCGUUCCGAAGGCAGAAAGAGAAGCCCUUGGCAUCUCUGAUACGUUAAUUCGCAUUUCUGUGGGUUUAGAAGACUCAGAAGACCUGCUAGAAGAUCUGGACCAAGCUUUAAAGGCAGCAGUUCCUGAUUACAGAAUCCGUAACUAGAAGUCUUAUGUCUUGAAAUCACAAUUGAUUCCUUUGCAGCUGCAGUGCAAGAAAAACGAACUGGAUGCUCAUCUCCUCAUGAGUUUUCAUUGGAUUUGAUUUCCUGAAAAUGAAAAAAAACUUACCUUUUAACAUUUUUGAAAGCAAACCAAGGGUUUGACCUCCUCAACCCAUUGAUUCAGAGAGUGCCUUCAGAUGUGUCAUCCUCUCCACUGUUUGGUUCUUUUAAUGUUAAAUAUAUUAAAAAAGCCACGUUUCUUUUCAGCGGUAGCUGAGGUGACUGAUUCACACUCAGGAAUACUGUGUCCAGUUAUCUCCUACUGAUAUCUAAAUGCUGGUGUAAUAUAGUGGCUAAGACUGAACUAUGAAUUGCAAAGUCCCCAAUUCAAAUACCACCUUUGCCUUGAACUCACGGGGCAGGCUUAGGUAAGCCAGCCUCAAACCACCACCCCACCACCUGCAAUAUGGGGAUAAUAAUACCGUUUUGCAACUGGUUUACAAAAUAAAGCAUGUGAGCUACUUUGAAGACUUGAAAGCACUAUAGAAAUGUUAUUAUAGUGGACAAUUUAAAAAUAGUUAUUAUACCACUAUGUCUGGUUCCCUCUUUUCACUGGUAUUCAUGCUGUUAAAUUGAUACCUGACUCAGAAAAAAAACUGCUUCAGGUGUUAAAGACCUGCUAUUAAUUCAAUGUCCUGUGCAAUUUUGAAAAUGAAACAAAGUCAAUUGCAUGGCCCCAUAUGCAUUGCUUUUUAAAAAAUAAAAAAAUCUUGAAUUUGCUUUGGUUUCUGUUUUGAAUUAACUAUCUGUCAAAUUCUUGCCAUUGUAUAGGGCGAUUCUUCUUUUGGAACCUAAAUUGCUAUUUACAUUAUGUGAGAUUAUUAUGUAUGAUUAAGAACUGUUUCUAUAAGCAAUUUCAUGUCCAAUUACACUUCUCAUAAAUUAUAUAAAGCUGUCUGAUUUAUUUUA